CGAGGCCGGCGUGCGCCCUGCCUCUUCUGGCGGUCGUUAAACCGAGGUGGUUCACUUGGAGCUGGAGCCACGCGCGGUGCAGCCGGGCUUCCUGUGGGACUCGGUUUCUCUGGGGUUUGCGUCGUCGGUGCGGGGCGCGUUGGUUAGGGAGCGAGGAGCCCCCCGCCGCGGGGUGACUUGUGACUUGCAGGUCGCUUGCGCUGGCUCCUGGCAGCAGCCCUGAGCCCCCGAGGUGCCGAGGGCAGCGGCGUCAGUGGCUUUCCCCGCUGGCCCGAGCCCGGGUUCCCUGCGACCGUAAGGUACCUCGGACCUCAGGCAGCAUUGCUACCCGAGAGAAUGGAGACUGAUCACAAUCCUAUGGAGAUGCCCAAUAAUAUGGGUUUUGAAGAGGAUUCUGAUUAUAGAGACUUUGAAGGAACAGAUGUGAAAGAUAUGAGACUAGAAGCAGAAGCUGUUGUGAAUGAUGUUCUGUUUGCUGUCAGCAACAUGUUUGUCUCAAAAACCCUUCCGUGUGCAGAGGAUGUGGCAUACAUCAAUGUGGAGACCAGGGAAAGGAACAAAUACUGCCUGGAGCUCACAGAAGCAGGACUUAGGGUAGUAGCUUAUGCUUUUGAUCAGACCGAUGAUAGUUUGCAAACUCCAUACCAUGAAACUGUCUACUCCUUAUUGGACUCUCUGAGCCCUGCAUAUCGAGAGUUCUUUGGAAAUGCAUUAUUGCAAAGACUGGAAGCUUUGAAGAAGGAUAGUCAGUCAUGAUUCAUCCUGAAGUGAGGAAGGUUUAAUGCUAAAAGGAAUCUUUAGUAUAAGGUACUGAAAUCUUUCUUAAAAACAUAGUCACAAAAAUAUUAUAAGCUUUGUUGCUUGCAUUAAUAUCUAAUUCAUUGUCAUACUGAUACGUAACAUUUUGCUUCAGUGGGUUUGUUAGGUCAAAAGGCCAUAAAAGUCACUCAAUAAAUUGUAAAAACUUUCUUGUUUUCUUUUUGUUGUAAGUAAACAAAUAACUUCCUAUGACAUUCAGAAAAUGUGGUCUCUUUUCAAAGUGUUACUAUCCAAAAUUCUAGAAAAUGUCUUAGUGUUUUAGGAACUGAAUGUUAUAUGUACAAGUAGUCAUCUUUCUUUUUGUGCUUGCUGAUUAUUUUCAAAUCUGCUUUUUAAAAUAGAAGUUAACUACUUGCUUUACCCAAUUAAUGGGAACUACUGUUUUGCACAGAAUACAAUUUCAGCUUGUUUUGCUGUGCACAAAUUGGAAAAUUGUUUGCUUCAGUAACAAGAAGGAUGAUUCUUGAACACUUGAGUGUUGCUUGUAUAGUGACAGUGAGUUAAAAGCAAGUCUUACUAUUACUUGACCUGUCCUUGUCUGUGACAACUAGCGAACUCCAAAUAGUAACAAGAUGUAUUGUUAAUAUAUGAAUGUAUUGUCUGAAUUGCAAAUGAGCUAAGCACAGAAGUAAAUUAAGGUGUAAGGGGCUACAUUUUCUUAAAGAUGAUGAUAUAUAUGCUAUAUAUAGAUAUGUAUGUACGCAUGCUAUAUUGUAACUGUUGGGAGGCUUGGAAGACACUUUAGCCUGUUUACUAUUCUGAGUGUGUGUUUACGUGAUAUACAGGAUAUACCCAAGAGUAUUUUUGCUUCAGCCUUUGCUUUCUAUAUUAGAGUACUUUAGUACUCCCAUGCUUUUCCCCUUUUCUCCCUCCAAUGUACAGCACCCUCUUCUAAUGAAUACGAAGUAAACACCGUAAUGUUAAUUGUGUUGUAUUGGUUUGCAACCAAAGGCUGCGUGAAAUUUAUACGACUAAUACCAAACUGGAAGAUGUAACUUUUCUACUUAAAAGUUGGUACAAAUGUCUUUAUAAAUCUAUUGUACUGCUUUAACUUUUCAAGUAUAUGUUGAAUGAUAGACAUUUUAAAAAUUACAGUUGGCUGGAAAUACCAGUACUAUUGAACUAACAUUCUGUGGUGAUUAUACUUUUUGUAUUCUCGUAUUAUUCAGUAUUUGUGUGUCUUUAUUUAAAUAAUCCUGCUUUUAUUCUGUGCUCUUAGCUCCCUGGAUUUAUGCUUAGGGAUAGAUCAUCAGCUCUUGUAAACUCACAAGUUCCACUGAUUUCAGUGGAGCUAUAUUGAUUUACACCAGCUGAGGAUUAGUCAUAUUAAUUGAAGAAGCCUAGUAGAGCAUUUAUAAUAGCUUUGGGAUAGUGAAAUUAUAACUAUGACUGACAAGACAACUUGUAGUCAGAGCUUCUGUUUUCUGGAGCUUAAUUUAAUAUUUAUUUCAUUAUCUUUUUAGGUUGAAAUUCCUGAUGUUAACCCUCUGUCCUAGAGUGUGCUUUCAUGCUCUAAAAAUUGUUCAUAGGAUCUCUUUUGCACACAGGUCUGUGGCACAUAGUUAGUCCUCUGUGAGGAGAAUGUACUCUACCGAAUUUAUAUUUGAAUAUUUUCCCUUGCAACUAAUUUACUUGUUCAAUUUCAAUGACUAAAGCAUUAAAUAAAUGUA